UCCGCCCUUACGAGAUGCGGAGUAUAAGACCAACUCUCGAGUGUCACAUUCCUGCACAUUUACUUCCUAUUCCCAUUUUCUUGUCUACGACCCUCACGUUCUUUCCAACUGCCCGCCAGACGAGCAUUUUAACGACUACGCGACUUCUUUUCAGACCUCGAUAAUAACUUGAAGAUGAUUUCUGGACUUUCUAAAGCCAUCACGCUCUACCUGGCUCCUAUCCUCACUCUGACGGCCAUCGUUCUAUCUCUUCUCGCUUAUCUGGCACCCGUCCUUCUCCUUCAUGACCAAGUCGCGCUUUUGACUGUCACCCCUUCGAAGAUCUUCAAUCAGGGCUCUUCGAAAGCAAUUGACGGGCCUUCCGUCUUUUUUGGGGCCAUAGGAUCCUGCUCUCGCUCUGCUAAUGCCGCCAGCAUCAAUUGUACCCUCGCGUCCUUGAAUCCCACUUACGACCUCUCCGUCCUGCCGUCGAACGCCCCCAAAUUACUUCUCUCUGCGCCAAGCCAGGCCACUCCAGUGUUUCUUGGACUGGCACUGGCUUGCUCGAUCAUCUUCUUCUUCACCUUCACCCUCAUCUCUUUCCGGCACAAGAUGGGAGCGAAGAUGAACACGAUGAUGGAGAACCCCAAUAUGCAGCGAUUCUCAGCAUGGAUCGGUUUCUUUGGCUUCAUGAUUGGAAUCACCUCCUUCCUCAUUCUCCGCAUGUGGUUUGGUAAGGCGGUCUACGACUUUAACCAGACCAUCGCCCUGAGCGGUGCUAAUGGGCCUUCAGUGGUUGCCAAUAUCGGCAACGCUUUCACCAUGGUUUGGGUUGCGUAUGCCUUCUACGGUGUCCCCUUGAUCAUUUCUCUCUCCAAACUGAAUGUCACAGCGACGAAGCAGUGAACAUAGGACUUGACAAGCGGGCACGCAAUGGAUCACCUAGUGUAGAUUAUCAUAAUUCUUUUGUAGCGAAUAGCAAAUACACGCUUCUGACCUCGAACAAUUAUUGCAACACAGAAUUCGUCUUUCAAUUUCGAUCAGGGUGAACGAGAAACGAUGGGCUCA